UCGUGUCGUCUGAAAAAUAAAUCCGAGACGCAAGGACUAUGCACUUCCUAGCGUAAUGCCGGUCUCCUCUUAUUGAGACCACGAAAGUUGUUGACGAGCCGUGAUACUAGUAUCGAGAAUCUACUUAAAUUGUUGCUUUUUUAUAAAAAACUACACCUGUUGUAGAUUCCCACCGGAAAAACAAAAAGUUUGAGUUCCUGUCUUCUCUGACGUCCACUGUAACAUGUCCUUUCCUGGUGCGACCUCCUCCUGCUCUCCCUCCGACCCGUUGUGCCCCGGACCUUUAACCCCGACAGGAGCUUCCUCGUCGUCGGUCUCUUCGAGUUCAUCGUCUUUUGCCCAGCAGCAGCCGAACCUCCCGCCCUACGGCUACGGUGCACAGCAGCUGCAACAAGUACAGCAGCAGGUUGUGGAUUAUUCCGGUGGUAACGUCAAUUAUCCACCCAACACCGAUCACGGGGGAGCAAAUGAUUUGUAUGCGGCGCAGCAGCAGCAGCAGCAGGACUACUACAACAACCAACAGCCCCCGCCCUUUGACCCGACCCAACCUCCGCCCCCGACGAGUUUUCCCUCCUCCUUCGAACUCGACGGCAACUUCAGUCCGGACCAAACGAACGCGCUGUCAUUUUUCGCGCAGAGGAGCAGCGCGGUCGGCCUCUUGGUCCUCUGUUUCGCCGCCCUGCUGGCGAUCAGCUGCUUCUGCGCGUUCCAGGCGAGAAAACUGCCCAGCUGGGUACACCGAGCCUACGUGGGGUUCACGGCGGGCAUCUUCAUGCACGGGGCGAUACCCAAAGUCUUUCUGAAGCUGCUCUGGCUCUGGAACGGAUACAUACCCAAGGCGGCGCCGAUCUAUUACGUGGUUCGUCAGAUUAAAAGUUUUUUGUUGUCUGCAGUUUUUGAUGGUACAGAAAAAAUCGCCUCGCAAAGCUGUAGUGCUCCGCUCGCUCGUCAACAACUACAACUUGCAUUGGAAUCUUCGCAUGACAAGUCGUCGUACUUCUAAUACCCUCUCAUGGACGCAUCAUCUGGUGCAUGAGCAGGAUGUGGCCGCGCAUUUACUUAGUUACUUUUUUUAGCAUGUAUGUUUAAAUUUUUUGAUUUUGUUUACUUUACUGAUUGGUAAAUAAAUUGAACUACAGGGCCACGUCCUCGUUCUCUCAUCCUUGUACGCCUUCAUCACGGUUUCCUAUUCUCCAGCGAAGCUGUUCGCCUUAGGAUGCUAUGCACUGCAAAAGUGCUCACACUCACUGCUACCAUGAUUGUGCAAGACCACUAUCACUACGACUACACGUAGUGGUAGUUGAUCCAUAUGAUAUGUUGAAAGUAGAAGUGGAAGAACAAACCAACACAACGGCUUUGCUGGGAUGUAUCUGUAUCAUCCACUCUGAGCUAAUAUUAAAAAGAAAAACUGCGUCAGUCAUGCGGUCGUAAAUAGUGCACUUUUGCAGGGGAUGACGAGUCCGGGGGGCUUUUCCUAAUGAGUUGGUUCACGCGCACAACUUCUGUGAUCCAACAGGCUCUCGCGGGAGGACCGGGAAAGUACGCGGAACUUUCGAUGGGAGCGGGCUACUACCCGGUCCUGCACACACUCACCCUGGUCACCGCCGGGGCCACCGGGGGAAUAUUCUUGUGCUCCGUGAUGAAAAAGCGGUCGGACUUUCUGUACGUGCUCGGUCUGUGCUUCCUGUACGCGUUCUGCAUCGAGGGCGCCGUGGCCGAGCUUUGCGUGGCCACAACCAUUUUACUGUACAAUAACCAUUUUUCAUUUUCGUCAUAAAGUUCCCCUUUGUUUUCAAGGAGCUUCCGUGCGGGUGCAUCAUGAUGAAGGUUGAGAUGAACAUAAAAUAACUGCAAAUUAUUUAUUGAAUCUGAGGUCUCCGGUCGGUAACACGGGUGGCGACGGGCAGCGCCUGUACUUUAUCCUGAGCGACCUCGUCACGCGCACUUUGGACACCGAGGAUGCGCGAAUAAUUGGCCUCGCCGGGUGGCGAACAAUUUACCAUAGGAGAUUGGUGCUACCAUUCGAGGGGUUGGGAAAUCUGGUAUCGGACAUAAUGCGUUUUGUUCAAAGUACUGUAGUACAUUUGAAUGUCGGUAUAGUCAUGAAUCUAUGUUGUAUAGCUGCUAUAGGAUUUGAAGCAGGAUCCAUUCCUGAAUAGCUGCACUAGAAAGCGGAACAGCCAUGCUGUGCUACUUUUGCCUGUGGUUGUCUCCGUUUGCUUUGUGGUUGGUUCUGUAGGUUGUAUCAUGCUGUCGUUGCUGGUGGUGGUUCCGGCUCUGACUCUUGUGACUAUUAUUUGCAGAAGAAAAAAGCGUCCAAUCCCAAUGAGCGGAAAACAUAUGAUGUGAUUAUGAAGAACUUUCUCAACAGCCCGACUACUCGCUCGCGAUGGAGGCGAAUAUGCUGUUAUGAAAACGAAGCAUCAUCGUGAUCGGUUCUUCGUCGAUCGACGUUGGGCAAGAAGAUACUAGAGGUUUUUUUCUAAUAUCAGCAUCAAGAUAGAGGAACUGGUAUAAUGUCAAAUAUCAAAUAGCUAUGGAACAAACUAUCUAGUACUAGUACCCAAGAAAACUACCUGUGUGUCACGCAAGAAUGAAUUCAGAAACAGGUCGUGGCCUGCAGCUCUCAUGCUCAGACUACUACCUAGCUCCAUUUGAAGAACGAACUCCUGGAACUGCCCUCGAUGUUUUUCUUCGUUUUCAUAGCAGGAAGAUUAUUCGGAAGUGGAUCCCGUAAUGGAUGACGCGUUCGAACCACUGAAGCAGAUUACGCAAUACAAGCUCCUGCCUUUUCGGCCCGCAGAUUUGUCGUGCAGAAUGUGCAAACUAUUUCAUCCUCGGCCUAAACCUAAUUGUAAUUCAAAUUCUCCUUCUGUGAUGCCAAUGCAAAAAAAUAUCAAGGUCGCUCAUACUUUUACCUCUCGUGUUGUCCUUUGGCGGGCAAAGACUGCCACGACAUGUUCAUUUUGUCGCACCACGUACUGCUGCUCAUGUCCUUAUUUUCUACCGAAGUAUUCUCCAUUUUGCUUUGCAAGCAGGAGGACAGGAUGUCGGUCCAUCUGGUGAACAACAGUGAUUCUUUCUCAUGCUGGAAGGGCACGAUAUUGUUCGCAUUGCAUACAGAUCGCGGACCGAGCCUUCGAGAGGUCUUCAGUUCUGACGAAUUUUCCCGCUUUUUCUCUGUUGUUCACUCUAUUCUCGGGGUUGUUUCUGUCCACGCUACUCCGGUUCUCGAGCACACAGGAGCAGGAAAGGAUCUGGCGCCACCAGGGAUUCGAACCCUUCAUCGUGCUCCGCGCCUGGAUAUCCUCGGUCAUUUUUUCACGUACACGUACAAGAAAUGCGGUUUUUGCAUGAGCAAUCCCAGUAGUCUACUGUAAUGUUAAAUUGGCGAAAUGUACUGUGUUGCAUUUUGUGCAUGUGCGGAAAUAAUUUUUUUCCAUUGCAUACUGAAAACACCCACCCCCGAACGCGCAGCUGGUUCCUACCGCACACGACUACAACGAGGGAAUGCACUCCGGAUUCGAGGAAAGCGAAACGGUCAACCCUAUGGGCGAACCACUCGCGGCGGUCGGGCUGCAACCCAUACCAGAGGGAGAACAAGUACAAGCAGCCACAGUUGUUCCAGUGGAAAUGAGCUACGUCAACACGGGUAAAAAAAACGCGAGAAGUAGAACAACACCAAGCGCAGCACCAGCUGCCGAGGGCGAAGCGUUCGACGUGAGCAGCAACGCGCUUCCCGCCCCGAUGGAAUACGGUGCGGACGACGGAUAUGGGAGUGUCAGGAUCGAAAUCGUCAAAGUUGAAAUACUUUGUGAUGCAUAAAAUCGAUAAUCAGCUGGAAGCCCGAUUUCCAAGCCGCGCAUGACAAAUUUUCCGAGCUCCGGAGUCCAAUUUAUCAUGCUGUUUGGGCACAGAUGACUGCUUUUGUGAUGCUGCUUGACUUAGAAGCUCUAUUUCAAACCCUGAAGAGGCCCACAAUCGGCCUCACUUGCCAUCCCGGCAAGACAGCCACUUCAUGUCUUGCAUUUGAUGCAUGACAAAUCAUUUCAACUUUGUCGAUGUCAAACCUGACGCUUCCAUCACGGCCGUGGCGAAGAGGUGACGUUGCUCCCCAGCGGAAACGAUUUUGUUCCCGAAACCGCCGCGAAAACAAUAAAUCCGAAUGACGGGGUGAACAACGUCAAGAAUUUAGUGGACAGCGCCGCAGCGGCGCCGGGGGAUGGUACAUCAAGUACAACGGGAGCAGAACUUAGCGCGCAACAAGUGCACGAUUACAAUUUCAUGAUGUUCAAUCAACAGGACGGGUCCUUUUCGGACUACACCCCGCCGCCCGGUGCUGGCAACAUGCCAGGCACAGGAGCCCUGACAGCAGGAGGCGCUGUUGUUUCUGCUGGCGGUCAGGAAAAUCCGCUGGGGACUGCAACCUUUGGUGGGGCCUCCUUCGCUGCCCCGCCCGCGGAUGGCUCUUCGUAUCAAACAGCAGGUUCAAGUAUCGUACUCGUACGAGGAAUCGCAAUACUGCAUGACAGAUCUCGCCAGAUUUUCUUUGCAAAAGUUAAUGCAAUUUGUGCUCAUGAUGCGAAUGCGAUACGUUUGCAAUGCAUACUUCAGGCAUGAUGUUGAUGUCGCAGAAUCAACAGGAGGUGCAGCCGGAUGGAGGUUUCGAGGGACAGUACAUGUAUGACGAGCACGGAAACUUGAUCCUGCAGUACGAAGGCAACGAUUUUUACGGAGACCAGGAACUGCAAAUCCGGCAGAGCGCCGCGGAGCAGGAGCUGCAACUUAUGGAUUAAAAACAAGGAUUACACUUUUUUCGCGGCGCAUCAUGACCAACCAGAGUUUUUAUUUUUGCAAGAGCAACGACAACGAGACAUAACGAAAACGACCACAGAUCGAGCAGGACAUUCUGUUGCGAAGAUGCUGUGGCGUAUAUGUAUCGACAACAAAUAACAAUUUCUAUUUCUUGUAUUGAAACGCGAAGAGAAAAAUAGUCUUCGUCAACAUGUGGCGGAUAGUAAGAACUACUUGUGUUCCACCCUACUUGCAUACUUGAGUAUGAGGACCAGAACUUCCCGAAGCCGAUCUACGAGCCCAGCGCCUGCAGCGUCGCGUGGCUUCCGCUGACAAAGCGAAACGAGAAGUACGUGCGGAAUCUAGUGUACUGUGCGGACAGUCGACUCGCACCCUGGGAGCUGGGGGAAAUCACGGAAACGGGGUAUCUGACGCCCGGUGGCGGUAUUAAGACGCCGCUUCUGGCGGUCGGAGACAGGCGGCAGCAGGACACCGAAGAAGCUGAGCACGAGGCUAUGGAUUGCAAAUAUGUUUGGGUCUGGAAGAAUACAAACUUGUGAUGCGCAUUUCGGAACACAGAAAAACAAAAAUCUCUCAUGCAUACAUAGGUAGCAAAAGCUGCCCACUUUCUGUCACCGAAAUGGGGGAUUCGUCAUGCGGAUUCGGCAUUGCGGAGGUUUCUCGAAACCUGUGAUGCUAGAGCUUCCAUGCCAGACCUUCUGUGUCAUGCAAAAACAGCAUGACCCUUCAAGACCCGGACACUUUUGCAUUUGACAGAAGCACGGAAGAAACAAAUCUACGAGGAGUCCAUGGCGCAGGAAAAGUACGCGGCGCAGUCAAAAAAAGGCUUCACCCCGGAUAUAACCCGCUCAGGUGUUUUUACAGUCUGAAACGUUACAAUAGAAUCUGGAAUUUGUGUUGCAAAGUGCGCAACAGCUGGCCUACUCCCACAGGAGCGCGCAUGACAAGUUUCGGAGCUCCAAACCCCAUGAGAAUCUGACGAAAUUUGUAGUGCGAAGAGCCCAAGUCUCUGUAUGGUACUCAUGCUGUUCAUGCAAGACAAAUUCCAGACUCUGUUGUAAGGUUUGAGAUUGUAACAUCUGAGCAAGCCAUACCGGAAAGCGGGCCGACGCUCACGGCAGAGAUCGCGGAGGGUUCCUUUCUCGGGGAUAAGAGCAGUGCCAUGCCUAUGAAGUUCUCAAGCGUUACAUUCUCAACUGUUACAUGAAUUUGUAAUGCAGGAACGAAUGGCAAAACCAAAAGUCAAAGGGUGGAGACUGCACCUGUAGCAUUACAAAUUCCGCACAGAAGAUUUAGGCAAUGUUUAGCCCUGCUUCGCAGAUUUGUCAUGCGAAGCAGCUUGAUCGUGUGGAUGAUGAUGGUAGUUUUGCAUGACAAAUCCAUUGAGCAGCAGCUGAGAGUGUGACGUUUGAGAGCCCCAUGAUAAUGCCAACGAGCGAACGCGGUAUGGAUUCCAUCGUCUCCGCGAACUUUGACCCAGAUGUGCUGGACACAAAGGCCUUCCAGAAGUUCGAGAGAAAGCACACCACCGCGGACCUCCUUCCGGGUAUCGAAUCGAUGGAGCAGAGCCAGCUGCGAAGCAGUGGCUUUGAUAACGAAUAGCGCAACAAGAUUUGUUGAAAAGACGGAGACGAGAAUCACAAGGACAGCGACGGAGGUGGUAAGUAACGAGUGGACGACAGUAACUUGAUGGCAGCACCAUGAUAUUACGACCAUUUGAUUCGAUGUUUAGUUACGCCGACUGUUACUUCCAAGAAAAGUUGGCAUGGGAUCAAUGGUACAAGACAACCUGACCUCGAGAAUACUGAACUCGCGGCUUCCGCAGUAGAAAAGCGACGUUGUCGUUUGUCGUGGAUUGGAUGGAUUGCCACUCGUAGGAUAGUUGCAGAGGAUGGUAUGUAGUCCUCAGUUCGUGUCGUCCGCAGCAAACAAAAAAAUGAAGAUGGACGACAAGAAGGCGUUAUUUCAGAAUUGGUGUUCUUUGUGUAGUCGAGCGAAAUGCAGCAGGCUCUGUAUGUUUGUUCGUGCACCGUUUUUUUCUUGUUCCAGGAGAACAGAAUGAUAUAUCAACAUCCCUACGGCAACGGCGUGCUUUAUGCGAAAAAA